AUGUCGUCGCCAGAAACCAAUGUGGCGCCGUUCACAAGCCGCAACAAGGACAUUCGGGACGUCGUUGCCUUGAUCCAAGAAGGGCGCUGUGCGCUCACCACGUCUCUCCUCGCGUUCAAGUACAUGGUCAUGUACCCCGUGAUCGAGACGACGCUCAUCACGGUCAUCAACCACGUUCAAGCCACGUUCUCCAACAACCAAUACCUCUUCGACGACCUUGUUGUCGUGCUCGGACCAGGGGCGCCAGCGGUCCUGGGUUCGAUCGCGGGCCAGACAGCCCUUUUUGGUCUCUUUUUUGCGCUGCCGCUCUGGCUCGCGCACUCGCAAGACUGGUUCUGCGCGCCGCCAGACGUCGCGUCGGGCCGAAAGCCGUGCUUUGCCUACCAGCCCGACGAGUCGGGCGACAUGACGGUGCACGCGCACGAAGUGUCGAUCGUCUGGACCACGGGUCAUCUUCAGUACCUCCUCCUGGCCAUCGCCUUCAACUUGAAGGACCCUUUCCGCAAAAGCGUCUGGACCAACGCAUCGUUCGUGCUCUACACCCUCGGGAUGACUGUGCUCCUCUCGUACAUUCUGCUUUCGCCAGAAAGCGAUCUCAAUAUGGCGUGGCUCGACCUCACGACACCGCUACCCCCAACGUUCUGCCGCCAAGUCCGUGGCCCCUUGUCCGUCGUGGGCGCAGGUCGGCGGCGCAUGGUCGUUGGCGCAUGA